CCCCUCUCUCUCUCUCACUAGAGAUAGAGAAAGAGAGAGAUAGACAGGCUGGUUCCUUCCCAUUACUUGCCAUCUCUUGUCACCAAGAAAUCUCUCCUCUCCAAUCACACCUUCUUGCCUUCCUUCACUAGAUUCUUCACAAGCAUAGAAUAGCACAAAGAAAAAGGUAUAGGGAUCAGUUGCCAUGGAUGAGAGGAUCCCUCCUGCUACUUUCUUCCAAUACCCUCCCUCUGGGAUCCACUCAUCUCCUCACCACACCAUCAGACCCUCUUCUGCUUCCUCUUUUGAUAGGGAAAGGUUGAAUGGUGGCAGAUAUUUAGCUGAACUACUUGCUGAGAGACAAAAAUUGGGACCAUUUGCGCAAGUUCUGCCAUUUUGUAGCCGGCUUCUGAAUCAAGAAAUUUUGCGCACAUCUAUGUCACCAAACCAAAAUUUUGCCGAGACUGAAAGAAUUGACCAUGGUAGCCCUUUAAGAUUAGCCAGUCAUUCUGCUGCUGGUGGACAGAUGGAUUUAGAAGUUUGGCCGGGAGCUCAAGCACAGGAAAAUGGUUAUCUCCAAAGAAUGAGAGCACUUCAAGCAUCAUCGAUAGGUUGGAAUGGAGCUCCCGGAGUUACUACCAGCCCGGUUGUAAAGAAAGUCGUCAGAUUAGAUGUUCCUAUUGAUAAGUUCCCAUCCUACAACUUUGUCGGGCGAUUGUUGGGGCCGAGAGGUAAUUCCUUGAAAAGAGUCGAAGCUACGACUCAAUGCAGAGUUUAUAUUCGUGGACAGGGUUCAGUGAAGGAUGCCAUUAAGGAAGAAGAGCUGAGAGGCAAACCCGGGUAUGAGCACCUAAACGAACCAUUGCAUGUACUUGUUGAAGCUGAGCUUCCGGCAGAUAUAAUUGACAACCAAUUGAACCAAGCAGUAGGAAUUCUCGAAGACCUUUUAAAACCGAUGGAUGAAUCCUUGGAUUACUACAAGAAACAGCAGUUGAGAGAGUUAGCAAUGCUGAAUGGAAGUUUACGAGAAGAGAGCCCGGGAAUGAGUCCGAGCAUGAGCCCCAGUGCUUCUCCUUUCAACAGCACUGGCAUGAAAAGGCCAAAAACAGGAAGAUAAGUUCAGAUUCAUCACUCUAUACUUCUUUUUAACUAAUAACAAUUCACUUGAUGAUCUUUCACUCUAUGAGAUUCAGAUAUGUUCUGUAUUUGUUUUUACGGGGAUCUUGCAUUGCAUUGCUGAAGAAUCAAAGCGAUUUCCCGGUUAUAUAUUUUUCUGAAUUACAGGCUCUAAGUUUAUUCUUCUCCGCUCGCUGUAACUUCGGCUCGAAACUUUUUGAAUUCAUUGUAUUGUAAGCAUGGAAAACUUAUUUC